AAAAUAAACAACUAAAAGUAUGUUUAAGAGCCGGCCGCCACCCAUUUCAUCCUAUGAAAGUGAAAACCUGUAAAUGCAAGAAAAGAAGUUCUAAAAAAGUACCGAAACAAUAUCAUGGAUCCAGCUGGUCGGUGUUCCAGCACUCAUCUGGGUGUUAACGUGAGUUGUUAGAUGGAUGGACAACUGAAACAAUCAAUAUUGUGGACCAACCCAAAAUAUUAAACCUAAGUGUAUGGCAAAAGAAAAAUCCAAAUGACUCAUACCGGGAAAUCCCAUGGCUGUCUUAGACUCAGGCAUCCACAUCAAGUUGUGCUGUCUCCAUCUGUAAGAACAGAGGAGGAUGAAGAAGAGUACGUAUUGCUUGAUCUUGAUGCUGUUUCUGGACUAGUUGACAUCCCCCCAAAUGCCCCAUAGGUUCUGUCUGUAAGCUCUAGAUCCUGGAAUUUCUGGUUGUCUGUCUGUUUAACUUCUCACCAUGUUUGCUAAUACAGUUCAAAUUCUGAGAAUCAAAAGUUUAUCUAAUGUUUCAACGUUUCUUGGCUUUGUUUGAAACUUGCACUCAGUCUCUGGUUUAAAAAGUGCGUACGAUGGAAUUCUAAUAGUUUUGAUUGUGAUCCAUUGUUUUCAUUUUGAUAAUACACUUCAUUGAAUUUAUAGUGAGAAUGUGGAAUGUCUUUUGGAUGUCUGUUGUCGCUUCUUUGCUUAGGUUUUAAUAACAUAAUAUGUCUUUUGGAUGACUUGUUCUUUGGAUUGGUUUUAUGGUUUUUUUUCUCCCUGUUAUUUCACAAUGUUAUGAUUUGAAAUUUAUUUUAAAUUGCAGGUCUGGACACUUUAAAUCCGCUGUUGAUUAUAGAUGACAAAGUUUAGCUAGUGAGGUUCACUGCUCUGCUAAACCUGGUAUUACUAUUGAGUAGAGAAAGGCUACAACCUGUCUAGGUUACAAAAUUACUCUUGUAGACUGCAGUUAGAUAAUAUGAUGUCAUUAUGGUGAUUAGCUCUUUCUACAUUAAGAGGGUUUUCUAUUCUAAUCUCCUCUUUGAAGGAAAUUUUUCUGUUCUAAUCCUCAUGGUGAGACAUAAGAUGUAUUGUCAUAUGCUGUAACAUUGUAGAAAGACCUUAUGGUUAUUGGUGUUGAACGUUGAUGACCCAGAACUUUCAAGAUUCAAGGGCACAAACUCUGCUGUGUGUAGCUUUUAAUUUUGGGCUACAUUGUCAGUAUGUUCCCAAAAGUUAUAAUCAUUUGAUCCCCAAAUAAUAAUUAGCAUUUACAUUA